GCAGUGGGAGGAGGAAGAAGAGAGGGGGACUGGGUCACUGAGUUGUAUAGGAACACCAAUUUCAGAAAGAUUUGCAGUUCUUAUGCUGUACGUUCUACGUUGACUCUCCUCUCGUUCUGUCUUCUACUCCAUUUCUUAAUUCCUUUGUUUUGUUAAGAAUUUACCAUAUCUACAUUUUUCGACUCAUUCAAAAUGAUAUACUCUGCAGUUUCUUCCUUUUGUUUUUGAGGAUCCAGUCUAGAAGAAUUACUGAAAUUGUGUUGGUUCUUGAACUCUUUGCCAAGUCUCCAUAACCCCAAAUUAUAGAAUUAGGCUUCUUUGGUUUUCAGUAUUUACCUAUGGCAUCCGUGGUGAAUUCAGUGUCUUAUAACACAAAUCCAUGUCUAGAAACUAGAAGAAAAGCUUGUGGGUUAUUUUCCCAGAUCCCAAAUUUUGUUUCUUUUUCAGUUAACAAGGGUUUUACAAGGGUUUUGGUUUCUAACCCGGUUACCAUUUCUUCAACGGGCUCUGGUUUUACACUACCUAAUUGGAAGUCAGGGAGAAAUGGGUCGGAAAUUAUGGAACUGAGGCUCAAUGAUGCCUUUUUUCACAUGGAGAGGAUGGUGGGGAAAGGGCAAAUGCCUGAUGUAGCUCAAGCCACACAGCUCUUGUAUGAUUUGUGCAAAGCUAACAAGGUGAAGAAGGCAAUUAUAGUGGUGGAGAUGAUGGUUGAUUCUGGUGUUAUGCCUGAUGCAGCUUCUUACAAUUUCUUGGUGAACUGUUUAUGCAAGAGAGGAAGUGUUGGACAUGCAAGGCUGUUGGUGGAAAAGAUGGAGAAUCAUGGCUACCCCACUAGUAUGGUUACCUACAAUACUCUUCUUAGAGCGCUUGGUAAGCAUGGACACUUGAAGCAGGGCCUGCAGCUAGUGGAUAAGUUAGUUCAAAAGGGGUUUGUCCCUAAUACAUUCACUUAUUCGUCUUUGCUGGAAGCUGCUUAUAAGAAAAGAGGAGUAGAUGAGGCGAUGAAGCUUUUCGAUGGGAUUAUUGCCAAGGGUGGGAAGCCAAAUAUGGUUACUUAUAACGUUCUAUUGAAUGGGUUGUGCAAGGAAGGGAGGACUGACGAAGCAAUUAGGUUCUUUAGGGAUUUGCUUUCAAAGGGAUUCAAUCCAAAUGCUGUGAGUUAUAACAUUUUGCUCAGGAAUUUAUGCUAUGAGAGGCGGUGGGAAGAAGCAACUGAGCUUUUGGCUGAGAUGGAUGGUGAGGGUCGCUCUCCCUCAGUAGUUACUUACAAUAUAUUGAUUGGUGCCUUGGCCCUCCAUGACAGAAUUGAACAUGCUCUAGAGGUUUUGGAUGAAAUGAUUAGAAGAAAUUUUAAAGCCAACACAGUAAGCUACAACCAUAUAAUUGCUUGUCUUUGUGAAGAGGGGAAUGUUGAUCUUGUAGUUAAUCGUCUAGAUGAAAUGAUCCACCGGCAUUGUAAGCCUAAUGAAGGAACAUAUAAUGCCAUUGCACUCCUAUGCAAUCAGGGAAAGGUGCAAGAAGCAUUCUCCAUCAUACAAAGUUUGGGGAACAAACAAAAUGCAUCUACACAUGACUUCUACAAGAGUGUGCUUUUAAGCUUGUGUAAAAAAGGGAAUACAUAUCCAGCAUUUAAGCUUUUAUAUGAAAUGACUAAGGUUGGAUUUACUCCUGACUCUUCUACCUACAAAUCUCUGAUUCUAGGGCUUUGCUUGGAUGGAAUGCUAGAUGGUGCAAUGGAAAUUUUCGCAUUCAUGGAAGAAAACAAACUUGGAUCAGGUUCAGACAAUUUCAAUACACUUAUUCUUGGAUUCUGCAAAGCCCAGAGAACUGAUUUAGCCCUGAAGAUUUUUGAGAUGAUGAUAGAGAAGGGAACCAAGGGGUAUAUGCCCACAGAGGCAACUUACUCUAUACUGGUGGAAGGAAUGAUUCAUGAAAAGGAAAUAAAUUUGGCAGCAUAUGUCUUGAAAGAGUUGCAUAGGAGACAGGUUGUGAGCCAAUAUACUGUAGAAAGAUUUGUUAUGCAAUAUGACCUUGAGGGUUUCUCAUUAUAAAAUCUAUCCUUCAGGACAUGAAUAUAUAGGGAAAAUGGAUAAAGGAAGAUGACAAAGACUCUGCAUUGUUUGAGAUGGAUGAUUCAAUCAGUUAGGGUCAGAACUCUUAAUAGGUGAAAUGGAGGCUAAUAUGGAUGAGUUGGUACUAAAUUCUUCUUUUAGAAUGUGAAAGAAAACAAGUUCAACUUUGCCGUAGUUGUUUUGUGAAUUAAGGUUUGUCUAUAUGUGGAGAACUUUGAAUUUAAUUUUACUUUGUUGUUUGUACAAGUAGAUUAUGGUCAUAUCUAUGACAUC